CCGGUGGGCUGGGGUGCCCAGGGUGGGGGAUUUCAGGUGCUGCUAGCAGGCCGUUGCUGGAUGGGCUACAUAAGCAGAUUAUUUUGUCAUUUUAAUUUUUUAAUCCCAUGCAUUCAGUCGUGUUCUCUUAUUAGUAAGCAUUAGCUCUCUAAGUCCCAUUAGCUCCACUGAGACCUGGGGCUUUGCUUGUGGGGACAGCGACAGAGGAGCCAACAAAGGUCUGGGGGCCUGAUCCUGCAGCCAGUGAUGUCCGUGAUGCCCCAUGUGGCUGUGGGUCUGAUCCUGGCCCCGCAGGAUCGGAGCCAUCACAGCUCAGUGCUUUCCACCGCUGCACUCCCAGCCCCCUUCCCAAGCCCCGAGCAGCUCCGAGUGGGCUCCCUCCAGAGCCGAUGCAAACUUGGGGCUGGCCCCGUUUGGCCUCUUGCUGCUUUAUUAAGGCAACUGUUUUCUUGUGCACAAAUGCAUAUGUUACAUUCAAACCCACCUCUCCCUCCACCAGGUUUUGCCUGUAACGCCGUGGCCAUGUACUUUGCUAGAGCAUCUCAAGCCUUGGAUUUACAAUUAAUUGACUGCUUCUCUUUAAUAAAAUUAUUCCUGCCCUCUUUAAAUAGCACAAUAUGUCACAGAAAGCCGGUGGGUCCAUUCGUGAAGAUGAGGCAGCUCAGAGAGGAAAAAGAGGAGGAAAAAAAAAAAAAAAAAAAAAAGUAAAACCACACAUCUCCCCAAACCCCUUCUGCGUAAUCCAACUGAAUUAGAGGAUUUCGAAGUGGAUUUAAAACUAAAUCUUGAUUAGGGAGAAUUUCUCUCCAAGAGCUGCUGCACGGUAGUAUUAAUGGGAAGUGAUCGUGGACAGAGGAAAUAGGACAGAAAUAACCGAGGGUAGCACAUACGCACUCACGUCUGUGCAUGAACUGAAAGAAUCAGAGAAUUUCUCAAGAGGCAAAGGGAGAAAUUAAGCAUCGACAUAACAAGACUGGGCUCCACGGGGCUGCCCGGAGGAAGUGGGGAGCGGCCAGAUCCCUGCUGCGCCCUUUAUUCUGGUGGAGGGUUUUGCAGGUGAAACGCAAGAGGUGUGCACGACCGGGGAAAGAGCCGGCAGGAGAGACGGCCUCUGCCCGCUCCCCCAGACACCGGUGUUCGUCCUCCGAGCCCCGGGUGGGCAGUGGGAGCUGACCCCCAUGCUCUCAGGACACAUGCCUGGAGGUGCCCAUGGGAUCCUCUCUCUGAUAACCGUGGUGUUCGUCCUCCCAGAGGUGUCCGGACUCCAGUGUUAUGGCUGCAACAUCAUCGUUGGCACCAAAAACGUGGACAUGGGGUGCUCUAACCCAGAAGUGAUCACCUGCUCCCACUCCCACCAGGGCUUCAAACACCGGUUCUGCAUUAAGACAGAGAGCGUGGUCCUGGGCAUCCUGCUGACCAGCGGCUGUGCCACCUCCCGUCACUGCCAGCAGCAGGAGCUGCCGGGGGUCCGCAUCCACUGCUGCGACACAGACCUCUGCAACGGUUCCCCCAGAGCCCCCCGGCCGCCCCUCGGCCUCGCUGGCGGCUGCAUCCUCCUGCCCUCCCUCCUUGCCGCCCUGCUCCUCUCCUGAGCCCCCCGGGGCUGGGGGGGGGGAGGCGCGGGACCCUCGGGGAGGGGAGGGCUGGAAGCGGGGAUACCCCUAUACCUGCUCUUCCAAGUGGAGCAGGACACCCUUCUCUCCCCUCUCCUCAAUAAAAGGUGCCGAAUGCUUUGCCCUGGAAAACUUUCCGCGAUUCCCCUGCAUCCCGGGGAAGGAUGGGGGGACAUUUCUCCAGACUCGGGGGUGGGGGGGGAUGCUGGGGAUACCCGCACCAACCCGGAGCAAGGGGAGCGCAGGGCCAGGGGUACCCACGGCCUGCCGGGGGUGGAGUGGGGGGGCUCAACCCACGCACCCCCCCCAUCCCACCCGGGGGACCGGGAGGGCGGCCGAGCCCGGCUCUUCCCACGAGAGGGCAUCGUCGGCCCUCGCUCCGCCAGCCGGGAACCCCGGCCAGCCCGGGUGGGCUUCGGGGUGCAGGGGUAGGAGCGCCCCACGCAGGGCAGAACCUCCAGCGGGGGUACCGUGGGAUGGGUGGGAGAUGGGGUGGGGAACAGGGUACCCGCGUGAAAUGAAGGGGUUUUGGGGUUUGGGUUUGGUUUUUUUUUUUUUUUUCUCAAACGUUAUUCCCAACCCAAGAGGCCAAACGGGAGCUUGAACGGAAAAAUUUCAUCCCAUACGGAUCGGAGCCGAAGUGGCUUGUUCAAGGUCAUCGCGAGGGUGUGUGGUGGAGCUGGGAAUUAAAUGCAUAUGUCUCAAGA